AUGUACACUCCUCACCCACUGGCGGAAAGGCUGAUGGAACAGGAGAAGUUCACUCUGAAGAAGAUUGUGCUUAUCUGUGAUCAGCAAGAUUCAUUGCUCAGUCGUCUACAUUUGUCACAUGUUUCAAUUUUAUAUAGAAAUAACCUCGACUUUCGAUUUGAUAGAGGUUUCAUAGAGACUUGUAGAUCCUAUCAAAAAGGCACGCUCUUUGUGAUGAUGUCUGGUGUUAGCACUGCUAUAAAUUUGAAACCUGACAGGCAAUGCAGAUAUUUUGGGUGCUUGCCAGCAUUCAAGAGAGUAGAACUUCAAAGAGAUACAGACUCCAGAUUAUAUCAGUUUUUGGUAUCAAGAGCAAAGAUGUUGAGAGAGCACAUAGCUGGGAAUUCCAAUAAAUACAAAGUUUUAUUCACAGACUUGUUACCAUUACAACUAGAUGUUAUAGAAAGAUCUAAUGCUCUCAGUCAUAUGAGAACUUCUGGUCAUGUGAUUCCUAUACUACCAGAAAUUUCCUAUUUAGUGGAAAAUGUGUGUCUCACAGGUGCCGUGGAGAGGUUUAAUAGCUGGGCACGGGAGGAUGCAGCUGCUCAAGGCUUUCAAGAGUGGAGCUGCAUUGAGAAAAUCAGAAAACCACAGUAUGCUAGUAAUGGUAGAACUUUAGUUGCAUGUGUCCAAAGGCACCGGAAAGUGGCGGUUACAUCAGCUAUCCGUAAGACUGUACAAAAGUUAGUUGCAGAUUCUAAUUCUGUUUCAACAAAAUCAGCAGUAAAUAGAUCUGUCUUACAUGAUUCUUCUCAAGUUGCUUUAGUGAGCAAUGCAGUGCUUUCAACUUCAGCAAAGAGUGCUAAUAUUUCAUUGGCAGUCAGAACUGCAGUUAGCACACUGACAGAUUCUACAAGCAAAAUACAAUCUGCUACAAUUGCUUCAGGAACUACAAACAAAAACCUGUCAACAGGCCAAGUUACUGACAAAACAACACUUCAUGUAAUAUGUUCUGCACAGGAUACUCCUGCCAAAUUAGUAGGAUUUGAAGCUACAGCAAAAAUACCAACUAUAGCAAGCAUGCCAGGAGGAUUAGAAACAACUUGUGGAACAACAGUAGUCGUUAACACAGGUGAUUCUGUAGGGGAGAUACCAAUAACAUCAGCUUCAACAAUCGAGGCAGAAAUCGCAACAGAUUCUCCCAAUGAAACAAAAGCUUCUUCAGACACCUCAGUAAGCACAGCAUAUUGUACAAGCAGGGCAACAGCUACAACUACUGCUUCAGGAAGCAGCAUGUCUACCAUGAAAUCAGUUUUUACAAACAACACGCCAAUCACUACAUCUUCCACAAGUAAGGAACUCAUUACAACAGCUAUAAGCAUUGCUCCUGCUACAACCAGUGUUUCAACAAGCAAGACACCAGCUCCAGAAACAUCUUGUACAAGCAAAAUGCAAACUGCAACAAAAGCUUCUUCAAACAAGACAUCAACUACAACAAUAGAUUCUCUGAAAGAAAUGAUCAAGACGGCAGACACACCAAGAAGCAAUGCACAAGUCACAACUCUUACAAGUGAGACACCAGCUCCAUCAACAGCAAAAGCAUCGACUACAUCACCCACUACAAGUAAGGCAACAACUACAACACCCUUUACAAGCACGAUGCCAACUACAUGUACAAGCAAGCAAUGUGCCAACUACAACAGCCUCUACAAGCAAUGUGCCAACUACAACACCCUCUACAAGCAAUGUGCCAACUACAACAGCCUCUACAACCUCUACAAGCAAUGUGCCAACUACAACAGCCUCUACAAGCAAUGUGCCAACUACAACAGCCUCUACAAGCAAUGCGCCAACUACAACAGCCUCUACAAGCAAUGUGCCAACUACAACACCCUCUACAAGCAAUGUGCCAACUACAACAGCCUCUACAAGCAAUGUGCCAACUACAACACCCUCUACAAGCAAUGUGCCAAUUACAACACCCUCUACAAGCAAUGUGCACAACUACAAGCACCCUCUACAAGCAUAAUGCACAACUACAACACCCUCUACAAGCAAAGGCACCAACUACAACACCUCUACAAGCAUAAUGCCAACUACAACAUCCUCUACAAGCAUAAUGCCAACUACAACACCCUCUACAAGCAAAUGCCCAAAUACAACACCCUCUACAACAAGGCGCAACUACAACACCCUCUCAAGCAUAAUGCCAAUACAACACCCUCUACAAGCAAGGUGCCAACUACAACACCUCUUACAAGCAAGGUGCCAACUACAACACCAUCUACAAGCAAGGCAACCAACUACAACACCCUCUACAAGCAAGGUGCCAACUACAACACCUACAAGCAAGGCACCACUACAACACCCUCCUACAAGCAAGGCGCCAACUACAAACACCCUCUACAAGCAUACAAGCAACACCCUCUACAACAAGACACCAACUACAAACCCUCUACAAGCAAAGCACCAAAUACAACACCCUCUAAAGCAAGGCGCCAACACAACACCCUCUACAAGCAUAAUUCCAACUACAACACCCUUACAAGCAAUGUGCCAACUACAAACCCUCUACAAGCAAGGUGCCACUACAACACCCUUACAAGCAAAGCACCAACUACAAACCCUCUACAACAAGGCACCAACUACAACACUCUCUACAAGCAAGACACCAUCUACAACACCCUCUACGAGCAAGGUGCCAUCUACAACACCCUCUACAACAAGACACCAACUGCAACACCCUCUACAAGCAAGACACCAACUGCAACACCCUCUACAAGCAAGACACCAACUACAACACCCUCUACAAGCAAGGCACCAACUACAACACCCUCUACAAGCAAGGCACCAACUGCAACACCCUCUACAAGCAAGACACCAACUACAACACCCUCUACAAGCAAGACACCAACUGCAACACCCUCUACAAGCAAGACACCAACUACAACACCCUCUACAAGCAAGACACCAACUGCAACACCCUCUACAAGCAAGACUCUGACUCUAACUUCUACAAGUAUGAUGCUAGCUACAACCAUUUCUACAAGCAAAAUACAAGCUACAGCAACAACUAAAAUCAAGACACCAACUACAACAACAGCUUCAUCAAGCAAGACACCAGCUACAACACUCAUUUCUACAAGCAAAACACCAGCUAUAAUAACAUCUACAAACAAGUCUCUAUCUACAACACCUACAAAUAAGACCUCAGCUGCAACGCCUGCAAGCAAGACACUGGCGGCUACAAGUGCCUCCCCUGAUGAGACAAAAACUAUAACAGAAGCAUCUACAAGUAAAUUAUUAAUCACAGCUUCUACAUCUACAGAUAGUAUGUCUGCUAGAAUAGCGGCAUCUAAAAAGCUAUUAAUUGAAGCACCCUCGGCUUCAGUAAACGAGACACCGUAUGCAAAGCAAAGAACAGUUGCUGCACCAUCAAAAUCUGCCAAUAGACUGCUCAUCUCCACUGUGUCAAAUUCCAUUGAUAGAAUAAUCACCAGCAGUUCCAGCAAGACAUCAAACACUUCCCUUCAAGGACCUGUGAUGGGAACACCAGUUGCCUGUGAGGAUUCAACAAAGACAGUUCUGAAAGCAUCCGACAACAGAUCAGAUGGCCCUGCAUUGACGACAACUGCUUCAAUGACAAGGGCCACAAGGAGGGUACCAGUGGCUGCUCCUUCGGGUUCUUCAGGCAAGACGCCAACCAGCUCCCCAUUACAGAUUAAUAAAGAAACCCCAUCCAUUUUAAAAAGUUCCAGAAAUGUUAGCAAGCCAAAUGAAGGUACUGGAGAACCCUUCUUUAAGAAUAUAGUUAUCCUCGGCAACAUCAUGUACAAAAGAGUUCUUUCCAAAUUAAAUUCAGCCAGGGUCAUUGUCCUAGCAGAUGAGGAUAUAAGACUGUCAACCAUUCCAGACAUUAUAAGUAGAAAUGUGAAUGAACAGACAAAGAACUCGCUGUGGAUCUUAGCACUGGGAAUCUAUGAUUUUGUUGAGUUUGAACCCUGUUCAUCCUGUAAGAGGUGCUUUACCCCAAUGUCCUCCCUCACGUUCAGAGAGUGCAAGAACAGUAAGAGAAUGAAGGACGUGGUAAGGAUCAUGCUGCAUCUUAGCCAGAAAAUGAAAGAAUCAGUGCAGAGGAAACUUGGGAGCCAUGGCGUGGUGGUCGUAGUCCCUCCCAUACCUGCAACUGUGAUCGAGGAAGAGAGUUUCCCGGUUCACUCUGACCUCCACAAAGUAUGUGAAAUGAGUAAUGGGUAUUGCACCCCAAGCAAAAUUUUAAACUGUUUAUAUGCUAUUUUUAAUGCAUAUUGUAAUGCAUUGCACAUAGAUGAAGAUUUCAUUAACUGUGGAAUGUCACCACAUGUGAUUAUGCAGUACAGAGAAGCACUGAAUGGGAGGAACCUAGUGCCGGUAAUGGAUUUGAAGGAUUACUCUUAUGUAACUAAAGCAUGGAUAGUGAUGAUGAAAGUGAUUAUCCAAAUGGCCCUGAAAAUUACAUCAAGAAAACUAUUAUCUCAGGGGUUAAUAGAGGAACCCUGCCCCACACCAGUGACUGAGCAAGGGAAGCCAGAGUCCGAUUCCCCACCAGCGGCCGUUUCCCAACCAACAGAGCUGGAAGGUUGGAAUCAUAAGUCCACAGCAGCAUCCACCAAAAGUCCUUCAGAGCUGAAGAAACUUGUCUCUAGCACUACACCUGCUAUGGCCUCGAUGUCUGCAAGACAAGGAAAAUCUAGUCCCAUGGAGCUUCUUGAGAAAAAAAAUUCAAACUGCACAUUGGCAACAGCAGCCCUCUUAGAUCCUUCAGAACACGAUAAUUUGAACCUUAAAUCUGCACCAAAACAAGCCGUAAAAUGUUUAGAGAAUGAAAGAUCAAACACAAACUCCACAACAAAGAAUUUAGAGCAGGAGGAAAUGGUGAAUAAAUUGAAAUACAACUACAGUGAUAUCAUUAUCAUUGGAUCCAAGCACAAUUUUGAACAGUUGAAAAACAUGGAUCUGGAUUUGCCAAUACAUUUCAUUGAGCAGAGAAUAUACUUCAGUGACUUCAACAAAUUUACAAUCAAAGAACAUCAAAGGAGGUGGCCACACCAUGCUCUCUGGGUAUUACUGGCGGACUUGCAUUCAGUCUUAUACACUCCUACUCUUGCUGGGCCAAAAUGUGCUGCGGCAAAAUGUCAGAGUCCUGUACUGUGCUAUGACCUGAAAAGUUCAUAUUCUUGUACUCGAGUCAAGAAGGACAUUAGUGUAAUCAUUAACCGAGCUAAGGAUUUCAUCUGGGAUUCAAGAAAGUACUUGGGGAAAGGUUCCUCCCUGGUUUUAGCCCCCAUACCCCCAGAUUCUGUCAUAUGGGCAGGGGCAAGCUCUCACUGCACUCAUAACUACAUCCACACAGUAAGUGAAAAGCAGUUGAACAUCUCCUUUCUCAUCGGUCAUUCACAGCUGUGGAAUGUAUACAGUACUGCUCUUAUAUCAGAGUGGAUUUCAAUGUUAGAGGACUUGUCUCUUAAAUCAGAACAGAGAGCUAUGCUGAAAAAGUACCAUAGUGAAAGGAAACUUGUAUUGCACUUCAUAGAUAUUCUGAAAGAUAUUUCAAAGGAUGAGGUAUUAUUGGGAGAUUGGAAUGACCUUGUGAAAAAUAUGCUGUUUUGCUUGAUGAAUGCAGAGGAUCCUGAAGUAACACCAGUCAAGGAAGUGUCAAUAAUCUAUGAAAGCAACCCUCGAGAUCAGGCAAAGAAGUCAGCCAGUUACCCAGUGAAAGUGCAGACAACUCUGAAUGAAGUACUGGAAAAAACACUUACAGAACAAUGUGGGAAUGGUGUUGAAAUCGUAUCACCUAAGCCUAGUUGCGAAGAGCAUCAGAACACAAGGACAAGUGUUUCACCAGUGCCCAAGAAGCAGUCGGAGGGUUGGACCAAACCUGCAGAACAGGAUCCUCGCAGAUUGACAAAGGCUGGGGAAGGAAGCAACGCCCAAGAGGAGGAAGGGAACAACAUUGAGAUAGGAAUCCCUGUUUGUCUUGAAGCUGAAAAUAUGUCUGUUAAAGAACCAAGUCUUCAUGAAAGAGGCACAAGAUGGGACAAGAAAACUCCUGGAAUAAGAGGACAUUCAUGCACUGAGAAGAAAAGGAUCACUUCUGGAAAUUCCAGGCUUCAUGUUGUUAUAGGACAAGCAAAGAAAACUCAUCCCCAAAAGUGUUCAGUUCAGUCAAAUAGUGUAAUGAGUAAAGCACACAAUAAGUUGAUACAACACUCUGUAGCACUGGAAAAAUGCAUGUUGAGUCCAACAGAAAAAGGAACGUUUGUGAAUUCUUUCAUUCCUGGCAGCCCACUCACCCAGAAAGGUAACGACCUAGAAAAGGCAGCUGAACUGACUCCUUGUGAAAACCAGGAGGAGAUAUCAGAUGCUGGGCAGACAGGGGCUGAUUCAUCUCUAACAACUGCUGUGGAGUCAUCUUGCGAAUCUGCAAAUACUGACAUCAAUCAGCAGAUGAAUAGAAAAGCAAUUUCAAUAAAGAUUCGGAAAAUACCUUCUGUAAGUUGUUCAAAAGGAUCUGUAGAAGAUAAAGGACCCCAAGCAUGGGAAGUUGUUCCUGCUGUGAAGGGUAAAGCUAAGAAGUCCAAUUGUUCAGCUGUUAAUGAAAAAGGUAAUCCUUCUGAACUUGCAAUCCCGUCUGACAAGCAGAGUAACACCUCGCAGUGUAUAGAUUCUAAAAUUCCUGCCAGUCUUUCAAAACUUGUCCAGCCAGACACAAUCAGCCGGCAAGACUGUGCUCCCCAAGAAGGCACAAUAGAGGAAAAACAGUUGACCAAGCAGGAGUUACCUUUAUAUCCUACCAAGAAAGAUGAAAAAGCUCCAACAGCUUCUAAAAACCUCCUCAAAGAAGGAGGAAGCACGAGAACAUCAGCUGGAAACAGGUGUUGGAUAACUAUUGAGAAUAUUAAUCCUCAUUUUAAAGAUAGUGAUGUCAAGAAUCUCCUGGAAGUGUGUGGGUCGGUUGAAUCCCUUAAACGUCCAGUCACACAGUUUGAUAAG